UCUCGCUCCCAUCAUGCGCAACUGGAGCGCACAGGCGGGAACCACGACCCGGGAGAGGGCGCGUUAUUGAUGCCUCUCUCGCAACGAUCCGGAUUUGGCCGCAUGCAGGCUGGCCUGGGGCGCAAUACACUCCCCAGACACGUUACUGGCUGCCCUUGACACCGCCUCCCUUGGAGCUAUGAUUCAGACUGUUACAGACACCCUCAGACACUUCAGAGAGAGGGGGGUUGAGAGGAAUCAGCGGGAGGGUGCUUUUAAAAGGGGGAGAAAGACCCUCCCGGGAAGGCAGUGCCAAGGAAGACACCGGCUUAUUCCCAAGCUAGGUGCCUGCCCUCUGCUGAGAGACUUCGCUCCUGCUGGGGAGAGACAAGAACCUGAACUUUCCUGGGCGCUCUUCUCGCUCCUUCCUAAUUUUCCUUUCCUCUGCGGAUUUCUCUCCCUCGCGCCUCGCCAUGAAGUUUUGCAUUCUGCUGCUGACGGUGCUCAGCGCUGCCGCUGGGGGCUCCCUCUCAGGCGGUAUCUGCUGGCUGCAGCAGGGGCGCGAGGCAAAAUGCACCAUGAUUGUACGGACUGGCGUGAGCUGGGAGGAGUGUUGCGCCAACGGCAGCGCGGACAUGGCCUGGUCGAACGCUUCGCACCCAGACAACAAGAUCAGCCUCCUCCGGAUCCUGGGGCUCGUGACCUGUCACCCUUGCAAAGAGAGCUGCGAAGGUGUGGACUGCGGUCCGGGAAAAGUGUGCAAAAUGAAAUAUGGCCGCCCCCACUGCAGCUGCGCCCCAGAUUGCUCCAACCUCCCCCGGAAACUUCAGGUGUGCGGGUCCGACGGCUUCACCUACCGAGACGAAUGCGAGCUUCUGGCGGCAAAAUGCCGAGGGCACCCUGACUUGGAAGUCAUGUAUCAAGGCCGGUGCAAAAAAUCGUGCUCCACUGUGGUGUGUCCCGGGACCCACACGUGUGUCGUGGACCAGACCGCCAGCGCCCACUGUGUCAUGUGCCGGGCCGCCCCUUGCCCGGACCCCACCGACAUCGACCACACGAUCUGCGGGAACAACAACGUCACUUACCCCUCCACGUGUCACCUCCGGAGAGCCACCUGCUUCCUGGGGAGAUCCAUCGGCGUCCGACAUUACGGCAGCUGCGCAGCCCCGAACCGAUACCCGCUGGACACAGAUGAAGCUGAGGAGAACUACAUCUGAACAGGCCUUUGUGAUCUAACCGACUCCUGACACGCUGGGGCAUUAUCUGUUAACGAUGUACAGACCGUAUAUACCUGAUAUUUAUUAAGAUCAAAAGAAGACGACAGCCUUAUUUAUAUAUAUAUAUAUAUAGACAGAUAGAUAGACAUCUCGGCUGAUGUAACCUAGGCAUAUCGGCCCCAGUUUUUCCUCCUCCUCCUCCUCCUUUUGGACACCUCUACUCUGCAGAAUUAUCCUCCAAAAGUAUGGAGGGAGAUCUACUCCACUUUGUGAGAGCGAGAGCGAGGGGGAAGCUGGGACGGCAGUUCUUGAGGUCUAGCAGCUUAGCUCAGAUCAGGAUUGGGUUCUCUGUUCUCCGCUUGCCUCUCAGUGACACCCUGUCCCUGCCCUACGUUCCUGCAGGAGGCUUUUCGCUGUGCUGAGCAGAAAAUUCAGGCCCUGCCCCAACUCCCGAAGCUGCACCGUUUGUUAACAUCCCGUUGCUGACUCUUCCCACGAACAUUCCAUGACAUCACAAGAGAUCAAGCCAAUAGGCACACAUUGGGGCGGGAACUCACCCAGACAAAUUACCAGUUUUUAGCCUUUAAAAAUAUAUAUACUUAUAUAUCUCUCUCUAAUUUAAAUUCACCACUAUGGUCACAUCGAGUGCCUCAUAAACUGGGUGUUGUUGUUGUUGUUGUUUAAAUAUGUUUCUUGUUCUCUUUCUACAUUUUUUUUUAAAAAGCCUAUUUUCUAUAAAAACAAAAACA